UUGAGUGUAAUCACCUACCAAAAGACUGUUGUACUUCAGUUUGUCUAAGACCAAACUAAGGUGCAGUUUGAUAAACUGGAGAGGUCUACGAUAAACACUUUGCUACAACACUGCCAAGAGUUAAAUUAAUUAAUUCCAGUUUAACAGCAUUAAUCAAGGUUGUGCAAUAAUGGUUAUUGCAAAAAAAUACGUGUUGACGAAUCACUUCAAGGGAGAGCCAAAAGCAUCAGACUUGACGAUCGUCGAUGAAGAAUUACCUGCUCUAAAAGAUGGAGAAUAUCUCAUCCAAGCUGAGUACUUAUCUGUUGAUCCGUACAUGAGGGUGUACGCACAACGGUACCCAGUGGGAAUUACGAUGAUUGGACGUCAAAUUGGUAAGAUAAUAGCGUCUAAAAAUAAAAACUAUCCAGUUGGUAAACGAGUUGUUGCUAAUGUGGGCUGGCGUACACACACCAUCAUUGAUCCAAAUUUGAAGGAGCACCUUGGUCAGCCACCAUAUAUAUUGCCUGAUCUUGAUACUCUACCCGCGUCUUUAGGUCUCGGAGUAUUGGGCAGGCCAGGCAACACAGCCUACUUUGGAUUAGUCGAAAUCUGUCAGCCUAAAGCUGGGGAAACACUUGUAGUAAGUGGCGCAGCUGGUGCAGUUGGCUCUCAUGUGGGACAGAUUGGUAAGAUUCUUGGAUUGAAGGUGAUUGGGAUUGCGGGCUCUGAUGCAAAGUGCAAAUGGCUCAAGGAAGAACUUGGAUUUGAUCAUGCUAUCAAUUAUAAAACCCAAGAUGUUACGGCAACUCUGAAGGAAGUCGCUCCUAACAAAGUUGACUGUUAUUUUGACAAUGUUGGAGGAGAGAUCUCUAAUAUUGUAAUGAAUCAAAUGAACACUUUUGGUCGUGUAUCAAUAUGUGGAAGUAUUUCCUCAUACAAUGCUCAGGUUGACGCUCUCCCAAAGUGUUCUAUUGUUCAGCGAAUAGUAGUCGGCUUACAAUUGAGAAUAGAAGGAUUUAUAGUGAGUCGUUGGGAUCAUCGUCUGAUGGAGGGUAUUGAGAAGAAUCAUCAAUGGGUGAAGGACGGAAAGUUGAAGUACCGUGAAACAGUCACUAAAGGAUUUAUAAAUAUGUUUGAAGCUUUCGUUGGUAUGUUGCAAGGAAAGAACACUGGAAAAGCUAUUGUUGAAGUUUGAGAUUCAUGUCCACUUCCGCCCAUUUUUACUCAUGCAAUAAUAUGAGGCUAACUUUAAGGAGAUGUAUAAAAGUAAAGGAUUUUAUAUGUACCAUAUGAUGAUUCUAUAAUAUAUUUGGAAUGAAUUGUAUGUUAGAAAGAAAAAAUACCGUAAAGACUCUCAUUAAAGUUUGAUCUCUCUAUUUUCUUCAUCAUCGAUAUUCCAUAGAACAAUAUAUUUUUGGCGUUUUCAUCUAUCAAAUUUUACCCUAGAAAAGAAUGAAUUGUAUAUCGAAAGUACAGCGAUGUGUUUGAACACCAGUUGCAGAACAGAAUUUGUUUGUAUGUUGACAAAAUUUUAUUCACUUUGGAGUUAGAGCGUUGAGCAUCUCUCUAUUUCUAUCUUAAGGGUAUUGAAAAAAAUGUAGCCAUAAAGUUUGUUCACGAAAACGAGUAGUGGAAUAUCACAUUUCUUUAUCUGGAAGAAUAUACAUACAAUGCAAUGUUGAUUUAUUACCCAAAUGUUCUAUCAUUCAGCUUGCUGUGAUAUUUAGACAAUUGAAGAUUGAGGGAUUCAUUUGUGAAUCGGACUAAUCGAUGGAUGGAGGGUAAAGAGAAGAAUCUUCAGUGGCUGAAGUAGAAUGAGCUGAAGUAUAGUGAGACUGUCAUUGAAAGAUUUGAAAAUAUAUUUGAUGUAUUUGUCAGCAUGUUAGAAGGAAAAUAUACUGGUAAGACUGUAGUUAAAGUUUAAUUCUCUACUUCGUUGUUUGUCACUGUAAAAAUGCCAUGGAAUAAUAAUUUUUUUGCAUUUUCAUCCACCAAUUAUUAUAUCAAAACAAGUGGGCGUGAAGUACAAUGAAAAUACAGCAACUGAUUUGAGCCUACGUCAUGAACCUAGAAGCUUCAUUUCUCGGCAAAACUUCAGUACCUCUGGAAUAUGCUCCAGGGUAGUGACUAACAAAAAAUAAACUGUGUGUUUCUGUUGAAAACAAA